CUAAAACGGGUACAGCAUUGCAACACUGACGCCAGCAACGCUAAUAUAAUCGGCAUUUCAUUUGUAGAGAAAAUUUUAGUUUUUCACAAAUUAAUUCAUAAUUAACAUCUAAAGAUGCCAAAGGGACGCGUGAGCAAUGUGUGGCAGCACUACGACAUCAACGAGGACUGCGAAAACUUUGCGAUAUGCCGCUAUUGCGGAAAUAAUAUAUCGCGUGGUGGCAUGGCCAGCAAUUUAAAGGGGAACAAUACCACAAAUUUGUGGACGCAUCUGCGCCACAAGCAUAGCGACGAGGUGAUCGUAAAUCCCGUGCAGAGCCGUCAGGGGCGUUUAAUUCCCAUUAUAAAAAAAGAGAAAACUGUGCGAAUAACUAAGGCCAAGCUACUGCGGGGGCCUGUGCAUGUGGCUAAGCCGAAGAUUGAAAGGCAGUCCACAUCGUUUGUCGCCGAGACCGGCGCACUCCCGCAGAAGUGGGAAGAGUAUGAGCAAAACGAUGGGAUCAGCGAGGACAUCAAGGACAUUAUCUACAACGAAGAUCCGCUCUGCUACAGUCCCAUACACGUUAUGGAGGAGGAGGUCGCCCUCGAGUCUGGCGAAAAGGUCACCGUGCUGAACCCCAGCGGCCACAGCCGCGCCACCAUCAGCAGUGCUCCAGUCGUGGCCACUGUGGUGGCCUCGAACACCAACACGGCCAACGCGGCCAAACAGCUGAAGAACAACCUGGAGACAUCCAUCGACCGCCUGACCUCGGUCAGCGAGCAACUGAGCUACAUCAUUCAGCAGAGCCACGAGGAACAUGUCAAGGACGACGACUACUACUUCGCCAUGAGCCUUGUGCCCAGCAUGCGCCAGAUGUCGCUGAGCCGCAAGCUAUAUGUGCGCGCCAAGAUCCAGGAGGUUAUCUUCAAGACAAGCGAGGAGGCCACCUCCUGCAAGGACGAAUGAAUAGAUUAAGUAGGCUAAGUUUAUGACUUUAUGUAUUCUGUAGAUCCACUUAAUCAUUUAUUCUUUCAGCAUUAAUGUAAAAAUUUUAUUCACGAUAAAAAUAAACAUCCAAAUAAAUAUCUGGCAGAGAAACGCAAAAGAGCGAUAUAGCAGAAAAA